AUGGCUCGCGUGACUAUGGCGGAUUACCACACGGUGUACAAGGAACCGGAGGGCACGACGACGGAGUGGGAGGACCUUCAGGUGAAAUACGGCAACCUUGCUCCACGCGAGAAGCCCAAGACAACUCCAUGGGAGCCGGCAGAGGAGAGGAAGCGGACGGACGAGCUGGACACACGCACGGCUGAUGAGCUGGACGACCUGGAGGAUGACGUGGAUGAUGACCGGUUCAUGGAGGAGUACAGGAGGCGGAGAGUGGCAGAGCUGAAGGCAGCAGCGGCGCGGCCGCGGUACGGAGGGGUGGAGAGGAUUACGGGGCCGGACUUUGUGAGGGAGGUGACGGAGGCGAGUCAGAAUGUGUGGGUGGUGGUGCACCUCUUCCGAGACAGUGUGGCAGCCUGCAGCAUCAUCAACAACUGCCUCUCAGAGUUAGCUCGCUCGCACCCGCAGACCAAGUUUGUGUGCAUAGUGAGCACAGAAUGCAUCCCCAACUACCCUGAUGCACACCUGCCCACGCUGCUCGUGUACCACAAGGGGGCCCUCAAGGCGACCCUUGCUGGCAUGCAACAGUUCGGCGGGAAGAACUGCACCACGCAAGAUGUUGCGUUUGCGUUGUGCAAGGUUGGGCCUGUUUUGGCGAGCGAGGACGAGGACGAAGAUGCAGUGAUGGAGCGGAAAGUUGGCCUCCUGUGCUUUCUGGUGAAAUGUGGUAGUCUAUUAAAUUCCCCUAGCUGCUUUCUUGCCAGGACCAUUUCGCUACUUCUCGCCAGCGAUCUUUGCGAUUUUCGCAAUCCGCGCUCCUCCUUUCGCUGUCUGAACAUGUCGGACCCCACAAGAGCCCCAACAGCAAUUCUUGCUGAGUUCGCGGCACACGAAGAAGCCAUCCAGCAGCAGGACCACGCAUACCUGAACCAGGCAGUAGCACAGGCGUACGAGGGCGUGAAGGUGGGCGACGGGGGACCGUUUGGGGCCGUGGUGGUGCGCGAGGGGCAGGUGGUGGCGGCAUGUCACAACAUGGUGCUCAGAAACACGGACCCCACUGCCCAUGCUGAAGUCACAGCCGUCAGAGAGGCGUGCAGGAAGCUAGGCCGCUACGACCUGUCAGACUGCGAGCUCUACGCGUCGUGUGAGCCGUGCCCCAUGUGUUUCGGCGCCAUCCACCUCUCCAAGAUUAAGCGGCUGGUGUACGGAGCACAGGCAGAAGCGGCGCUGGCGAUCGGAUUUGAUGAUUUUAUUGCGGAUGCCAUUCGCGGCACUGCCUACUACCAGAAGGCGAGCCUGCAGAUUCACAAGGCAGAGGGGCACGUGGCUGCUGCUGCUGAGGAGGUGUUUGAAAACACCAAGUCCAAGUUCCAAAUAUGUGAUGCCAUCCGUGGCACGGCCUACUACCAGAAGGCGAGCCUGCAGAUUCACAAGGCGGAGGGCCACGUCGCCGCUGCUGCUGCGGAGGAGGUGUUUGAGAACAGCAGGUCCAAGUUCCAAAUGUUCCUGGACGAGGGUAUGGGCGGGGAUAAGAAGCGCAAACGACAAAAAGAGGAGCGCGAGGCGAAAGCCGCCGCCGAAGCCGCGGAGGCGGAAGCCGCCGCCGCGGAUCAACCGGGCGACAUGGAAAUUGACGGCGACGGUGCUGACGGCCAGCCGUCAGCUAAACGGCAAGCCGUUCCCAUGGCUGACGACGAGAACCGGCCGUCGUACGGUCGGCCGUCGUACGACGGCGUGAUUGCGGGGAAGGCUUCGGGUCGCAAGUGGAAAACCGUGCGAACGACGAGAGCAUCCGCGUUAAGAGUCACCGGGCGAAAGGAGGUUUCGUUAGAAGAGAAGCGAAGGCAGCGGGAGCUUAAGAAGGCGUAUAGGGAGCGGAAGGAGGAGUUGAAGGAGGAGAUUAGGAGCCACAAGCAGGAGAAGCGCGCGGCGGCGCAGGAGAAGCAGCGGCGGAAGGAGGAGAAUGCGCUCAAGGGCGCGUUUGAGCCUGCUUCUGAAGCCACACGAAGCCGACUGUUGCCACACCAUCAUUGA